UUUUGUUUAAUUUGCCGGCCAGACAAACAUCCUCUCAUUCUGUCAGAACCGACAUCAGACUCCCCAUCUCCCCCCUCUUCCUCCUCUUUUUUUUUAUAUUCCAUCACCCCUCCUCCUCUUCCUCCUCCUCCUCCUCUUCCUCCUCAGCAGUCUCUCAAUGACAAGCGUAAAAAGAACCUCUUUUCCCGAAAGUUUCCGUUCUACAAGAGCAAAGAGGCGAGCGAGCAGGAGACCAGCGACGUCGACCAACACGUGACCUCUAACGCCAGCGAUAGUGAAAGUAGCUACCGUGGGCAGGAGGAGUAUGUUCUGUCGUACGAGCCCGUCAGUCAGCAGGAAGUGAACUACACCCGUCCCGUCAUCAUCCUCGGCCCCAUGAAGGAUCGGAUCAACGACGACCUGAUCUCAGAGUUCCCCGACAAAUUUGGCUCCUGCGUCCCCCAUACGACCCGGCCGAAGCGGGACUACGAGGUGGACGGCAGAGAUUAUCACUUUGUGGUGUCCAGAGAGCAGAUGGAGAAGGACAUCCAGGACCACAGGUUCAUCGAGGCGGGCCAGUACAACAACCACCUGUAUGGAACCAGCGUACAGUCGGUCCGAGAGGUGGCCGAGAAGGGUAAACACUGCAUCCUGGACGUGUCGGGGAACGCCAUCAAGAGACUGCAGCUGGCUCAGCUUCACCCCAUCGCCAUCUUCAUCAAACCCAAAUCUGUGGAGAACAUCAUGGAGAUGAACAAGCGUCUGACGGAGGAGCAGGGCAGGAAAACCUUCGACAGAGCCACCAAGCUGGAGCAGGAGUUCACCGAGCAUUUCACAGCCAUCGUUCAGGGCGACACUCUGGAGGAGAUCUACGAUCAGGUGAAGCAGAUCAUCGAGGAGCAGUCGGGUCCGUUCAUCUGGGUCCAGUCCAAGGAGAAGUUAUGAGGAUCAAAACACUGUCCGCUCCAUCGCUCCUCUCUUUAGAUUCACUUUGUUUUAUUUUGAAAAGUCGACCUGCAGACGGCAGCCUUACCCCCCCACCCUCCCUGAUCUACGUCUCGACACAGCGGCUGACCAGAGUGAUGUUUUCUUUUCUAUUUUUUUGCCUGAUAAGACUCCAUGUUGGGUUUCCUGACCAGCAGAGUAAAGCACACAGGAAGUCUGCCGACACCACACUCGACACGGUACAGCUCCUUAAUGUUUAAGGGAGGAGAACUAACCAGGACGGGAAGAAGACGAGUCCACCAAAGUGGCGAGAAGACACGUACGAUUUUAUCUUUAGUUUGUUUUUGUUUUGUGGGUUUUUCUCCCUUUUUUUGGUCUUGUAAGGUGAGCGGCGACGGACGGACGGAGUUUCAGUCUCAGGCAGCGUCUGUCGGUCCGGAGGAAGGCGGAGACACAAAAAAGCAAAACUUUGCACGUUUGAGCUUUAACAGCAUGUCAUUUAAUACCCCGUUUAUUUCCCAUCAGCCCUUUCACCUCAGCGUCUGACGUCACAGCUUUUCUUCUUCUGUUCUGCUCAUUUGAUCACUUUUACCCUUUUUUUUUUUUUUUGUACACGAGUCGUUUAGUUUAACUCUUUCUGCUCCUCGCUGCUGCAGGACGUUUGUCGGGACGCUCUGCAGGGUUCCUGCUCUGCUGCUAGGGGGCGCUGUGGGGCUUCACACUGACGUCUGGGUGUUUUUAAAGAUUACAUUUCAGCUUGUUUUCAGUUCAUUCAUUUAAAUUUUAGACAUUUAGCUUUACCCCCAUUUGAAGAGGUCAGAGGUCACGGCAUCGUAAUUCUACCUACACUGAAAAACAUCUAUAGCCUAUAACCUCCUCAAGUCGUUCUGUCUGUAAACGAGUCAGUUUCUUUAAAAAAAAGUAAAACAAAAGGAGAAUAUUUCACAAUAUUGUUUUACUCAAGAAAGAG